AUGGCGGCGCAUUGGAUCAUUUUCAUGACCGGCUUCGUGCAAGGCAAUCGCAGUGGGGAUCUGCGCACACAAGUCACUGUCCAAGCUUCCAUGCAGCAGCAAAGUGGCCAUGGGCGGCAGUGGUGUAGAGAAGAGGUGAACAGGGCCAUCGAGAUCGAGAUCGUGCCCGUCUGGGCCAACGGCACCCAGCGGGGCGAAAUGAUGCAGGGCUGGAAGCUGUGCCGCGCUGAGACUGAGGACAGUCGCGUGGUGGCGAGGUCAGAGAACCAGACUGGGACGCCCAGAGAAGGCUCACCUGCCUGGCAUCUUGUGAGUGGGCCGUGCAGAGUCGGAGGAGAUUGCAUCCUGAGCCCGAGACCUCCGGACGCCUGCGUUGUCCAAGUUGCUCCUGGCGACAGGAGGUCGAUCGAGCUCCGGGCCUUCUUGACCGGAAGGCACCGGGACCUGGACGAGGAUGGUGCCGGGAGCGUUCUUUGCAUGACGUCACAAGGCGAGUCUUCCGAGGAGCCUCGCCUUCGUGCACUCCAGGCCUCCACCCCUGCCACGCCUCUGGCCACGUCGAACUGGUCCGAGGUGGUCAGCUGCGACUUCGAGGCCAACUUUUGCGGGUGGUCGAAUGGUGACAACGCCUGGCGGCCGCGUUCCGGAUCGACUCCAUCAUCAGACACGGGACCAGAGCAGGCAGCAGAAGGGGACUGGUACGUCUACGUAGAGUCGAGCUCCAAUGCGAACAAGGAGUUCAUCCUGACCAGCGGCAUCUUCGACACUUCACCAGCAACGCGACAUCUCCAUUUCUAUUUCCAUAUGUUUGGGAGACACUUGCAGACGGGCAGCCUGCGAAUGGACGCGUUGCGAAGCAGUGGCUGGACGCAAGUGUGGUCGCGAAUCGGAGAGCAAGGGACGCAAUGGGGCACAGCAUUGGUGAGUUUACCGCAGGACGCCGCAGCUGUGCGUUUCGUCGGCAUCACAGGUAACAGCUGGAGGAGCGACAUUGGGCUGGAUGGCAUCGCCGCUGGGCUCCCCACUGUGGAGUUCGAUCAGCUCUCUUGUGAGUUCGGUUUCGACACCUGCCUGUGGCAAAGCACUGGUGCCUCCUCAUGGCAGCUUGCGGGGGACGCGGAUGGCCAGUGGCUGGAGGCUGUGCAGAGUGGUUCCCAAGCUUCGCAAUGGAUCUUGGAAACCGCGGCGAUCUUCAACACCACUGAGGAGAAGGCCUUGGUUUUCGACUAUGAGUUGAACGGCUCGGACACCGUGGCGUUGGAGCUACAACACCAAGCCUCUGCUGGCGGCUGGCAGCGUUUGUGGACGCAGUCAGGCAGCCGCGGCGCAGGUUGGCAUGCCACCAUCGUCACCAUCCCUUCUUCCACGAUGAGCCUGCGAUUGCUUGCCAAUAGCACUGACGACGCAGAUGUCGUGCGGAUCGACAGGCUCCAUGCAGCGGACGUCCUGCACGACUGGAGCUCCAUUUCCUGUGGUUUUGAAUCCGACUUCUGUACCGGGCCGGACGAGGCUGCAGAAGGUGACACGUACAUUUAUACAGAAGCCAGUGGCAAUUAUGAGAACAAGGCUUUCAUUCUCACCAGCGACCUGUUCGACCCAUCACCGGAAGCUCGGCAUCUCCGUUUCUAUUUCCACAUGUAUGGUGAGGACAUAGGCAGCUUGCGAAUGGAGACGUUGCGAAGCAGUGGCUGGACACAGCUGUGGUCUCGCAUCGGAGAGCAAGGGACGCAAUGGGGCCUGGCACAGGUGAUGUUGCCGCAGGAUGCGAGGGCUGUGCGUUUCAUCGGCAUCACAGGCAGCGACUCCAAGAGUGACAUUGGGCUGGAUGGCAUCGCCACUGGGCUCCCCACUGUGGAGUUCGAUCAGCUCUCUUGUGAGUUCGGUUUCGACACCUGCCUGUGGCAAAGCACUGGUGCCUCUUCAUGGCAGCUUGCGGGGGAUGCGGAUGGCCAGUGGCUGGAGGCUGUGCAGAGUGGUUCCCAAGCUUCGCAAUGGAUCUUGGAAACCGCGGCGCUCUUCAACACCACUGAGGAGAAGGCCUUGGUUUUCGACUAUGAGUUGAACGGCUCGGACACCGUGGCGUUGGAGCUACAACACCAAGCCUCUGCUGGCGGCUGGCGGCGUUUGUGGACGCAGUCAGGCAACCGCGGCGCAGGUUGGCAUGCCGCCAUCGUCACCAUCCCUUCUUCCACGAUGAGCCUGCGCUUGCUUGCCAAUAGCACUGACGACGCAGAUGUCGUGCGGAUCGACAGGCUCCAUGCAGCGGACGUCCUGCACGACUGGAGCUCCAUUUCGUGUGAUUUUGAAUCCGACUUCUGUGCUUGGUCCACCGGUUCGUACCCAUGGCUGCGAGGUUCAGGGACUACUUCUAGCUACGGGACCGGGCCGGACGAGGCUGCAGAAGGUGAGUCGUACAUUUAUACAGAAGCCAGUGACAAUGAGAACAAGGAUUUCAUUCUCACCAGCGACCUGUUCGACCCAUCACCGGAAGCUCGGCAUCUCCAUUUCUAUUUCCACAUGUAUGGUGAGGACACAGGCAGCUUGCGAAUGGAGACAUUGCGAAGCAGUGGCUGGACACAGCUGUGGUCUCGCAUCGGAGAGCAAGGGAUGCAAUGGGGCCUGGCACAGGUGAUGUUGCCGCAGGAUGCGAGGGCUGUGCGUUUCGUCGGCAUCACAGGCGACUUCAGGAGUGACAUUGGGUUGGAUGGCAUCGCCACUGGGCUCGCCACUGUGGAGUUCGAUCAGCUUACUUGCGAGUUCAGUUUAGACACCUGCCUGUGGCAAAGCACUGGUGCAUCUUCAUGGCAGCUUGCGGGGGACGCAGAUGGCCAGUGGCUGGAGGCUGUGCAGAGUGGUUCCCAAGCUUCGCAAUGGAUCUUGGAAACCGCGGCGCUCUUCAACACCACUGAAGAGAAGGCCUUGGUUUUCGACUAUGAGUUGAACGGCUCGAGCACCGUGGCGUUGGAGCUACAACACCAAGCCUCUGCUGGCGGCUGGCAGCGUUUGUGGACGCAGUCAGGCAGCCGCGGCGCAGGUUGGCAUGCCGCCAUCGUCACCAUCCCUUCUUCCACGAUGAGCCUGCGCUUGCUUGCCAAUAGCACUGACGACGCAGAUGUCGUGCGGAUCGACAGGCUCCAUGCAGCGGACGUCCUGCACGACUGGAGCUCCGUUUCCUGUGAUUUUGAAUCCGAUUUCUGUGCUUGGUCCACCGGUCCGUACCCAUGGCUGCGAGGUUCAGGGACUACUUCUAGCUCAGGUACCGGGCCGGACGAGGCUGCAGAAGGUGACACGUACAUUUAUACAGAAGCCAGUGGCAAUGAGAACAAGGAUUUCAUUCUCACCAGCGACCUGUUCGACCCAUCACCGGAAGCUCGGCAUCUCCAUUUCUAUUUCCACAUGUAUGGUGAGGACACAGGCAGCUUGCGAAUGGAGACGUUGCGAAGCAGUGGCUGGACACAGCUGUGGUCUCGCAUCGGAGAGCAAGGGACGCAAUGGGGCCUGGCACAGGUGAUGUUGCCGCAGGAUGCGAGGGCUGUGCGUUUCAUCGGCAUCACAGGCAGCGACUUCAAGAGUGACAUUGGGCUGGAUGGCAUCGCCACUGGGCUCCCCACUGUGGAGUUCGAUCAGCUUACUUGCGAGUUCAGUUUAGACACCUGCCUGUGGCAAAGCACUGGUGCAUCUUCAUGGCAGCUUGCGGGGGACGCAGAUGGCCAGUGGCUGGAGGCUGUGCAGAGUGGUUCCCAAGCUUCGCAAUGGAUCUUGGAAACCGCGGCGAUCUUCAACACCACUGAGGAGAAGGCCUUGGUUUUCGACUAUCAGUUGAACGGCUCGAGCACCGUGGCGUUGGAGCUACAACACCAAGCCUCUGCUGGCGGCUGGCAGCGUUUGUGGACGGAGUCAGGUAGCCACGGCGCAGUUUGGCACACCGCCAUCGUCACCAUACCUGCUGGCAGUGUCGGUUUCCGCUUCUUGGCCAAUGUCACCGCGCUUGAUGUUGUGAAGCUGGAUUCCUUCUGGGCGACUGAAAACUCGGCAGUUCUGGCAAACAUCCACUGCAGCUUCGAGCACGACACUUGCAAGUGGGUGGGAGACUGGCAGCGUGUCAGCGGCCCAUCUCAAAAUCCUGUCCUGCCCACAGCAGCCUUCCACGGCGAGAGCUAUGUUUAUGCUGGUGGCACCGAGGUGGAGUCCUUCAGGCUCAUCAGCCCAGCCUUCCGGAAGCUCGCCAACGUCUCCCACGUGGAGUUUGCUUUCCACAUGUUCGGGGCUGGCGUCGGCAAGCUGCAGUUAUGGUACCUUAAAGGAGGCAGGUGGCGCUUGCGCUGGUCCCGGCAAGGGAACCAGGGGGCUGACUGGCUUCAGGCCAAGGUGAGACUCCCAAGUGGGGUGGAGAUGCUCCGCUUCGUGAGCUCCGAGGCCAUCACGGAAGAGUCCGAAGUAGCUUUGGACGGAAUCCUCGCUUGGGAGGGCCCUGAGACAGCCCCUGCAGAGUUCCUGAGCCUCUCUUCUGGCAGCUACCACAACUGUGCAGUUCUCAAGGCUGAGGGCCUCCUGAAGUGCUGGGGAGCUGGAAAUCACGGCCGCUUGGGUUCCGGCGGCGAAGCACAUUUGGGGACAUCUCCGGGUGAGAUGGGGGAGAACCUUCCGGCUGUGGACCUUGGGGAACCCGGCGUUCGAGUGACGCAGGUGACCUGCGGUACGUGGCACACCUGCGCAGUUCUGGAGACGGGCAUCCUGAAAUGCUUCGGGGACAAUGGGUACGGCAAGCUUGGCUACGGACACACCCGCACUGUUGGAGAUGAGCCUUUGGAGAUGGGUGCUCAGCUGCCAGCCGUGGACCUGGGCCCUGGAGCGGAGGUGGUGCAGGUGGAUUGUUCAAAUACCCACACCUGCGCUCUGCUUCGGGGUGGGAGUGUGAAGUGCUUCGGGGAGGGCCGGCUGCUGGGCUUGGGCUUGGGAGGCGAGGAGGAUCGUGGCGACUGGCCCGGCGAGAUGGGCUCGAACCUGCCCGCGAUUGACCUGGGCACCGACUUCGAAGCGGUGCAGCUGGCCUUGGGAAGUUACCAUAGCUGUGCUCUGUCAAGCCAAGGUACCGUGAAAUGCUGGGGACAGGGCGAUCUCCUGGGCCUGGGACUUCCCCAUAAUGUCGGACUCGGUGACAACAUCAACGAGAUGGGUGAUGCCCUACCUGCAGUGGACUUGGGCCCCCUUCCGGCUGUGCAGAUCGCAGCUGGGUCCCGCCACACCUGCGCCGUGCUGUCCGAUGGCUCGGCAAAAUGCUGGGGUAGGAAUUCCAGGGGUCAACUUGGGCACGGCAGCCUUGAAGACGCGGGUGACGAGCCCGGUGAGAUGGGCACCAGCCUUCCGGUUGUGGAUCUGGGCGAUGGGAUGACGGUCGUCCAUAUCACUGCUGGCAGUCAUCACAACUGCGCCAUCCUCCAAGAUGCAAGCCUCAAGUGCUGGGGCUCGGGCGUGAGUGGCCAGCUUGGCCAGGGCAACCUGGAGAGCUUGGGAGAUGAGCCUUCCGAGAUGGGCUCCAAUCUUCGCGCAGUCGGCCUGGGCAAUCUCGAGGUGCGGGAUGUGAGCGCUGGCUAUGGCCACACCUGCGUGCUCCUGGACGACGACAGCACGAGGUGUUGGGGCGAGGGCGGUGCUGGGGAGCUGGGCAUUGGCAGCACCCUUAGCGUCGGCCAGGUUCCAGGCGAGCUUGGUGUGGCUUUGGUGCCUGCGGAGCUCUUUCCCCAGACCCUUGGUGCUGGCCUUCAGGACUUCAGCUUGCUUUCCGUUGCCGAAGACCAUGGCUUCUCCAAAGGGCUGCUCCAGCUGCAGCACAACGCCUCGGUCGGAUUGGUCUGUGAUGAUGACUUUGACGACCGCGCGGCACAAGUGGCCUGCCGUGAUCUCGGCAUGGCCGGUGGCAGGACGCUGCCAGCCUUGGCGAUGUGGGGUUGGGUGGGGGCCGGCACCAUCCUUGCUGACAACAUUCGGUGUACAGGCGCAGAAGUAAGCCUUCGCGACUGCGACUUUCGCGGGUGGCAUCUGCACGACUGCACUCUUCAAGAAGCCGCAGGUCUUGAGUGCGAGUCGGAUGCGUGGAGCGAGUACACGCCCGCCGCAAGCCCCGCCGGGCGCCAGGACGCGUCUAUGGUCUGGGACAGUGAGACUCAGUCUGCAUGGAUGUUCGGGGGCCACGCCAGCAACGCCUUCCUCUACUUUGCGGAGUUGUGGCGCUAUGACUGGCCUCGGCGAGCUUGGACGGAGAUCCUGCCGCUCAACGAGGGCUCGACCCCCGGCAGCAGAUGGGGCCAUGCAGCUGUAUGGGAUGCGCAUUCCAGGUCUAUGCUGAUCUUUGGAGGCAGGUUUCGAGUUGCCUUCUACGAUGACAUUUGGCAAUUUCGCAGCACGGACAGCACUUGGAGGCAAUUGCCUGCCAUGGCGAAGCCGUCGGCACGCGCCUACCACAGUGCGAUCCUGGACCCGGUGGAGGGUGCGGUGCUAGUUUUUGGAGGAGAGAGCAGCAGCCAGGUGCUGGAGGACCUCCAGCGCUACAGCCUCGCCGACGGCCAGUGGAGCAAGUCUGGCGCGACGGGUCUCGGAGCCCGCAGUCGACACACUGCCGUCUGGGUGCCCACAACCCGCUCCAUGCUCGUUUUUGGCGGGUGGAGUGGGCAGCAAUAUCUGGAUGACCUGUGCAGCUACGAUGCUUCAGCAGGCACCUGGACCGACUUGUCAGCUUCAGGAUAUUGGCCCACGGCUCGCGCGGGGCAUGCCGCCGAGUGGGACCCAAUUUCAAUGAGUAUGCUAGUCAUGGGUGGCAUCACCAGUGUGAGCGAUGACCUCAGCUACGAGUCCUCGCUGUACAACUACAGCCUCUUGACAAACUCCUGGAAGCAAGAGGGCCUGCAAAGCGAGGUCCCAGGCCCAACCGGCCGUACCGGUCAUGUCAUGGUUUGGGACGACGCUGCUCGUGGCUUGUUGACCUUCGGUGGCUUCAAUGCUUCUUACUUGCAGCAAACCUGGCGAUACGUGGUCAGUCAGACCAGCUCGCCCUUGCUGGUCAGCUGCCAGCAGGGCCGCAACUGUUCCUUCCGCUGGAACGCCUCGGGCUUGGGCACCGUGAAACGCAGCUGCUCCGACCCGGUGGUCUUGGCAGGACUAGGGCUCCCCACACCACUCUCGGAAGCGGAGGAGGAUCUCUGGAUGUUCGGAGGACAUGCAUCGCCUUUCUUCGUGGAACCGGGUCAUCACCGCCUCUGCUGGUGUGAUGUCGUCAACUGCAGCCACCCCGACAACUUCAGCGUGACAGUGGGCUACUUUGUCCUGGAGGGGCCGCAGCUGCAGCAGUCCGCUCAAUGCUACCUAGGCAGAGACUGCACGAUUUCAGAGUGGCGAGGAGUCGGCAUCUCCGCGAACGACAGCGUCGUGAUGCAGAGCCGAUGCGGCGAAGGGCCGCGGCUCUCCUCUUCCACCUACUCCCAGCGCUCGGUCGGCGUCUCCUUCAACGAGUCCUAUGGUUGGCACACCUUGCACGUGGGCUUCCUCGACCCAGCGGAGGGCCUCAAACCGGAAGACUUCCUCGUGGUCGCCCUGAGCCUGGACGUGAUCUGCCCGCCCGGCGAGUACAGCGAAGGGCCGGGCCUGCUCUCCGACUGCCGGUGCCUUCGAGGGCGCUACUGGGAUGCAGAGAGCGCCAUCUGCCUGGCGUGCCCCGCUGGGUCUUCGACGUUGCAGGAGGGCGCCACCAGCCUUGCGUCCUGCACUUGCAUGCCGGGCUUCUUCGCGACGCAGCCCGACAAUCCGGCAGUUUGCGAAGCCUGCGGCGUGGGCUUCUUCUGUGCAGGGGGCCUGCAGACCCCGCAGCCGUGUGCGCCGUCCCAAACCACCGUGAGCGACACGUCAGCCAACAGAUCCCAGUGUGUUUGCAGGCCCGGCAGCUUCUUGGAAGACGGGCUUUGCGCCCCGUGUCCAGUUGGAUUUUUCAAGGGCAGCGUCGGAGACUUCCCGUGCUCGCCAUGUGGUACUGGCACCUUCAGCAACGGCACGGGAAGCACAGAGCCUUGCAGAUGCCAACAGGGCUAUGGUUUUGACGAGGAGAUCACACAGUGCAGACCAUGCCUUCCGGGCGAAUACAAAGCACUGGUAGGCGACACUCCGUGCAGCCGAUGCUCUACCAAUAAGACUUCUGUGGAGGGCGCCACAUCUCCCCUUGACUGUCGAUGCCGCUCAGGUCUUGCAGCAGAGGGUGAGAGCUGCCGAGACUGCCGAGAUGGCUUCUUCUGCCCGGGCCAGGGUGAAGAGCGGCGAUGCCAGGAUGAUGCCACCUCACGCAGGGGCUCCAUCCUGCAGGCAGAUUGCCUAUGCCUCCCAGGCUACUAUGCCCUUGAAGCUCAGGGCCUCUGUGAGCCUUGCGAACCUGGACGCUACAAGCCCACGCUGGCCAACGAUCCAUCGUGCCCAUUACAGUGCCCCACAAAUGGCGAGAGUGCCAAUGCGUCCACCAACUUAACAGAGUGCUUCUGCAUGCCAGGAUUUUACGCAGUGCUCGAUGAAGGAUCCCUCUCCAGGUGCGCCAGUUGUGCCUUCCUUCCUCAUGUGCAAUGCUUGGGUGGUUUUCACACUCAGGCGGGCAUCACUCGGUUGGGGAACCACAAGCUGCCUGUCGCUCGGCCGGGCUACUUCCAGACAGGAGUGACAAUCGCCGUGAAGUGCACGGCCGUCACGUCCACUGGCCUCAGCGCUUGCCUCGGAGGGCAGCUAUGCGCGCAAGAUGACACGGUGGAAUGCUUCGGCAAGUAUAGCAACGCUUGCGACGAAGGCUCAACCGGGUUCUUUUGUGGAGAAUGCCCAGCUGGUUGGGCCAGGAGUGCCUUCCUUCAGCCAUGCGAACCGUGCGCUGCUGGUGCUGUUUUGCCACUGGUAGCCUCUGUCAUCAUCGAUGUUGGCACGAAGGUCGCGGGGAAGUGUAAGAAACGGGAGGGAGCGGGUCAUAGCGGGGGAAGCGGACAGGCCACGAUCAACUUCGUGGUCGCGGCCAUGGCCGCAAUGGCGGCAGUCAGAGCCAGCAGCAAGCUCCACACGGUGAUGAUCCGCAUCGCCGUCCAGUGGCUGGCUGCCUGCUCGGUCCUGACGGCUUUCGACCUCACGCAGAUUCCACUCGAGAAUGCGGAGACCCAGGGAGAUCAGGAAGAGUAUCCACUCUUCCCAUGGCCUGCGCAGGUCAGCGCAGCGAUGCGGGGCCUCUUCGAGACCCUCACGCUGACGCCGGUGCUGACAUCUGUCAACUCGGCCACACAGUGCUUUGCCCAGGAUCUUGCUCCUGACAUCACUGCCCCACGCGUCGCCUUUGGAGUGUACCACCUCGCCUUGCCCCUCUUGGUCAUGAUUGGCAUUCUUCUGCUCUCCUUCGUGGUGGUGCAUGUGGUGGUGCCUUUGGGGCAGCGUUUCGGCUUCUCCUUCAACGAGUCCGGACGUAGCAUGAACCAUCUGCGCAAGAUCAUAGACCCCAUGCUCAAAGAGAUAUUGCGCAAACCUGUCGCCGAAGCCUCCAUCACAACGUCGCGUACUUCUGACGCCUUCUCUUGGGCGGACUUGGAGCGCACGGGCACCUUGGGGAACCUCACCACGGCUCAGUUGCAGCAAGCGGCGGAGAACCCGGAUGGCUUCUUGCGCACGGCUGCAGCCGGGUCGCGAGAGCUCCUGGUCAGCGCCUGUGCGGCUCGUGCUGCCCAGCUGCAUCCGCAGGCCGAGGCCCAGGAGCUUUACCGAGAGCUGGCGAAGGCGGAUCUCCGACAAUUCCUGACCGCGGACUUCGCCACUCGGUCUCCGGAUUUUACGGCAAUGCUGGACAAGGUCUUGGAUGCGGCAUUCACCUUCGAUGAGGAGACCGUGCCCGUACCGAAGGAAGGCCCUGAGCAAGAAGAGGCGGAUGAGCUCCGGCUCGUGGGCUCGGAGCACGCGCCUUGCGACGUUGUGGUCGCCUUGCCCACGGACGCAAUGCCCGAGAAGAAACCGGGGGAACAGAGCACCUUCAGCUUUACAUCUUUGGAAAACCGAGCAAGCCUGAUGGACUCUCUAAAUUUCGGCCUCUUCUCGCCGGCACCUCGCUUCGUCGAGCUCGCAUACCAGAGCGUGCCCAUCAUUUGGGUGAGCCUGGUCUCUCUGUGGCCUGGGCUACUGUCCAGCUUCCUGCAGAUGAUCUGGUGCGUGUCGGUUCUGGAAGACGAUGUGCUGGUGAGCCGCCUGCUGCCCAACCCUUCCGUCAUUUGCUGGUCCGACGAGCACCUGGUUUCUGCGCGCUUCGCCAUCGCUGGGCUCGUCGUGUGGUGCCUGGGCAUACCGAUUGCGCUGGCCACCGUCUUGUUUCGCCUCCCGGAUAGGCAGGCUCCUGACAACUUCAGGCGCUUUGGCUAUUUCUUCCAGGGCCUGGAGCGACAGUUUUGGUGGUGGGAUCUCCUCGUUAAGCGCUUCGACUUGGCGCUGAUGAUGCUCGUCGCCUACACUUCCCUCGUGCCGGAUCAGAAGGCCAAGCUCGCGCUCUUCCCCGUCCUCUCGGGCUUCCAGGCGCUGCUGGCAGCGUGGGUCCGGCCCUAUGCAAACGACCAGGCCGAGGUGCUGGACGUCUUGGAGGUGACACUGUGCUCGAUCCGGUUUCUGCUCUUCAGCGGAGUGGCGCUGCUGCUCAAUCUGGAGACACCGACAGAGACGGCUCACACGGUGGCCUACCUCCUCCUGCUGGUCUUGGUGCUCGCCUGCCUUUACUUCUUCGUCCACUUCACAGCCCAGGUCCUUCGGGAUGCAGCGACCUGGAAAUCGUUAGGUUGGUUUCCGCGCUUUCUGAUCGAGUUGGCACUGCCCUUGCUCACAGAGGCGCAGUCAGAGUCUCUUGAGCUGCAUUGGUCUUUGUCAUCGGAGAAGAUCACACUGACGACCGCGUCACUUGAUGCAAGGAACAGCGGACAAACGUCGAAAACGGCCCUCGGCAAGAUCUGUAUCAAAGCGUGGCUGGUGCUACGGCAGAUGAGUAAAGCUGUUUUGCGACAUGGUCCCCUCUUCCAGCAAGCUGCGGUUGCGAAGGCCAACGACGACUUGCUCGCACUCUGGCUUCAGCUUGGGUCGAAGCUGCCCUCACAGCUGCCCUCACCGAAGCACGCCUGUGCUCUUGCAACAGCGUGCAAGGCAUUGCCGCGCUCGCUGGUGAAAAGCCGCAUCUGCGUUUCAUGGAUGCAGCAGCUCGAAGCACUUGCCCAGCAAGAUCCGCCCUUCAGAUGCAGCCCCAAAGAUCUGGAGCAAGCGGUUCAGCAACUUGGGAGACUGUCGUCAGAAGACGGUUCCAUGUUGAUUGAAUAUGUCGUAUCUUUGUGCGAUGCGUACAUCGAGCCAGAAGCCCCACUUGAAUUUUGA